CUGCAGGCUCUGUACAUGCUGCACAAGGGAAAAAAAGGAGACGUGUCCCACUCUCAGAUUAGCUUGAACGGACAGAUGGAGGCAGACAGCACCGGUGGAAACAUGGGUGGGAAAGCAGACGUGGAAAUGGCAGAAAACCCAUUUGAACCUUACAUUGAAUCUCUGCGACAACAGCUGGAAGACCAAGACCCCGUUUUUCUGAUCGGAGUUAUCGUCGCUCUGGCGGUCAUUGUCAUCACCUGUGUGUUUCUGAAGUACUUUCUCUCCAGUAAAACCGUCCGAAGUGCUGUGCUGCUGGUCGGACUGUGUGACUCCGGGAAAACCCUCCUUUUCGCCCGGCUGUUGUCAGGAAAGUUCAAGCGCACACAGACCUCAAUCACUGACAGCAGUGCUCCAUACAAAGCCAAAAACGAAAAGGGCAGCACCUGGACUGUGAUUGACCUGCCAGGACAUGACAGUCUUCGCCCUCAGUACCUGGAGAAAUUCAAAUCUGCAGCCAGAGCGAUUGUGUUUGUAGUAGACAGCGCUAUUUUCCAGAAGGAGGUGAGAGACGUGGCAGAGUUUCUGUACAUCUUGUUGACGGACACUGUGAUCUCCAGGAAUGCCCCAGCUCUCCUGGUGGCAUGCAACAAACAAGAUAUCACCAUGGCAAAAUCAGCUAAACUGAUUCAGCAGCAGCUGGAAAAGGAAUUGAACACCCUGCGAGUGACACGCUCUGCAGCCCUGAGCUCUCAGGACGGCUCUGUGGGCGGCAGUGUUUAUCUGGGGAAAAAAGGCAAGGACUUUGAGUUCAGCCAGCUGCCCCUUAAGGUGGAGUUUGUGGAGUGCAGCGCCCGCGGCAGCAAGGGUGAAGAGGGGGGUGCAGACAUUGAGAGCCUGGAGAAGUGCCUGGCUAAACUGUGAAGUCAGCAACUCAACAUCUUCAGUGCAGAAUUUGACUGAAAGGCACAGACCUCUGAUCAACGUCAACCUCCAUAAUCAAAGGAGGGAUGACAAAUGCAUCUCAGUGGAGGAUUUAUUUGACAGGAGUAACCAGUCAAACAUCUUAUCUGUGCUGGCUGUCAAUGUAAAACGUUAUUACAUUAAAGGUGGAAGAACUUUUGAGGCAUAUUCUAUCAAAAAAAAACACCAAAAAGACUGAAAAGUAAUGUAACGGAAAGAUGAUGUAGCUCUUUGUCUGGUCGCUCUGCAGUGCUGAGAAAUGAUCAUGUGCUUAUAAAGUGCAAAUCUUACUGUGGACAUCAUCCUUUAAGUGCUUUAUUUGGCUUGUUCAGAAAAUACAUAGUUUAAAGAAUUUCAGUAAAGUACAAUAUUUGCUGUUUCUGCAAUUACUUAAAGAAAAAUGGUUAUAGGCUGCCACAGAUUGUCACCAUUUUUGUUUUAAACUUGUUUCAUUGGAUUUAUAAGCUGCCUUGUGAAUACAGAUGGGUGUGAAUUGGAUUUAUUCAUUAAUUUGAACAGUCAGCCUUUUUUUCUGGUGUCAUAGAAAAGGGUUUAUUCUUGUUUGCAAAAGAAUGACCGUUUACUUGUUUGAAAGUGUUGCGUGAAUACAGUGCAUUUGCAAUGAAUUA